UCUACGACUCUCAACUAUGGGAACAAAUCGUUGUGCAAAUGGCCAAUCAAGAGCCUGCCGUCUGCCAUGCCGUGAUCGCCUUAGGUGCCGCACACCAAGAUAUCAUUUUCCGGGGCUUGCAUCUGUUCCCCAGCAGUGAACGGAAGAGGGGUGUUUGGUAUCUCUAUUCCCUAGAGGAGUCUGCCCGCGCCUUUGAGCUUCUACGUCGACGGAACACCCAAGAUCCGCAGAUGCGGCAAGUGAUGCUACUCUGCUGUCUGCUUUUCGUUUUUCUGAACUUGGUCCAACGAGACUACGACACCGCCUUCCGACACCUCCGCGCUGGUCUGCAGGUUCUUACCGAGCUCAAUUCCAGUGGCCUUCCCCUUUUUGGAACCUCGGCACAUAUUCCCGUCGAUCCGUGUCUCCUUGCGGCCUUCGCCCAACUUGAGACUCAGUCGACCCAUUUCAGCGUCAUCAACCUGCAGCUCUGGGACCACCAGCUGGAAUUCAGUCAGCCCAGAGACAAUGAAAGUGACCUGCUGCACCAGAGCGUCGACGAACGGCGCCGGAUGAUCGAGCCUCUCAUCAAUGCCAUGUUCAAGUUCUUCAAACGAUGCUGGACCGAAUCCGAGAGCGAAAUCGCCUCCCAUUACGGAGAACUCCAAUCCAUUCAAACGCGUCUGAUAUCCGAGGUCCAUCGUGCCACGCUGUCUUUUGCCAAGUUCUACGCUGUCAGAUACGCGUCGCUGACUCGUAAACAACAACGCGGCGCCGAUUUGAUCAGGCUAUGUCUGUUGACCCAGUCCGUCGGUCUCCGGACUUCCUUGAUCCAUAACAAUCCGGAGCUUUUGCUGCCAUUCACGCCAGACUACGCAGCCCUUUUAUCUCAGUCGAAGAAGAUCAUCGCCCAAUUCCCCGACCGGCCUACUGUCAUGGUCGACACGGGCGUGAUCUUGCCGCUGUACAUUGUCGCCGACGCCUGUCAAGAUCUAACUUUGCGCUGGGAGGCCAUCCAGGUCCUCCGGGACUGGCCGCAUUACGAGGGUCCGUAUGACUCAGUCCUAGUGAGCAUCAUUCUGGCCGAACGCUGCCGGGUCCAAAUGCGCGCGCGUGUCCACAACGAAUUGCGCGCCCUUCUUGAUAAUGAACAGCUGUCCCAUGCGGCUUUCGAGUCAAUGGUUGAAGCCGAGCUACGGGCGCAGAUGAGGAUAGUUAUUAGCCAACGAGGCGAUGGUGAUGACACCCGCCCAGUUGGCAGCCAAACGCAAACGGAAGCCGACGUUGAGGCAGAAUUUUCCCAGGCCAUGAGCUUGGAGUGCCAGAAGUGGACAUGCAUUCGUAGGAUCAAGAAGCUCAAGGAAUAGGGAUUGAUAUUUUCGACAUCCGGGGUUGAUUCAGGAACCUCGUGCCGAGGUAGUGAGGCAGGUCAGUCAUGUGACCCGCUAACAGCGCCUGCCAUAUAGAUCUAAAGAUA